CAGGCGCAGUGGGGGAGCUCUGGGGUGGGGGUAGCGGCCGCGUAUCAAGUUGCUUGCUGUCCCAGCCAGAGCAGCCAGGGCGUUCAGGAGUCCGGGCUAAACCUGCGCCUUAAUCCAUACAUCAAUUGGAGGAGAAAAGUUUGUGAAUUGGGCCUCCAAGUUUUGGGGGGCUCGGGCUUGCGACACGGGGUGACCGAGGAGGCUCGUGGGAGGAUUCCCUCAUGGAGCCCCACGAGCCUGCAGAGAACCUCAGCCUGACCCCACAACCCUGCUUGCUAGAACUUGGGGACACGGAAGAGCCUGGGGAUGAGGCCCCCGAUGGUUCAGACACUGUGGUCCUCAGCCUCUACCCCUGCACCCCGGAGCCUGGGAUCGCUGAUCCGGAUACGGGGGCCUCCUUGCCUCAGGGCAGCUCCCUGAAACACUCCACGACCCUCACCAACCGGCAGCGGGGGAAUGAAGUCUCGGCACUGCCGGCCACCCUGGACUCCCUGUCCAUCCACCAGCUGGCCGCCCAGGGGGAGCUGAGCCAACUGAAGGAGCAUCUGCGGAAAGGUGACAACCUCAUCAACAAGCCGGAUGAGCGUGGCUUCACCCCCCUCAUCUGGGCAUCGGCCUUCGGGGAGAUUGAGACUGUCCGCUUCCUGCUCGAGUGGGGUGCCGACCCCCACAUCCUAGCCAAGGAGCGGGAGAGUGCCCUGUCCCUGGCCAGCACGGGCGGCUACACCGACAUCGUGGGGCUCCUGCUGGAGCGAGACGUGGACAUCAACAUCUACGACUGGAAUGGAGGGACGCCGCUGCUCUACGCGGUGCGCGGGAACCACGUGAAGUGUGUGGAGGCCUUGCUGGCCCGAGGCGCCGAUCUCACCACCGAGGCGGACUCUGGCUACACCCCGAUGGACCUGGCUGUGGCCCUGGGAUACCGCAAAGUGCAACGGGCCAUCGAGAGCCACAUCCUCCGGCUCUUCCAGAGUGACCUGACUCCUGCCAAGGGCGAGUGAGGACAACCAGCCAGGAACUCCGGACACUCAGGGAGCAGAGCAAAAGGCCGACACAGGGCCAGGGACGCCCAGCACCUGCUUCCAAGGCAGCUAGGCUCCUGGCUGGACCACAGGCAGCUGGGAGAGGGGUCCUUUCCCCAGCUGGGAACCAAUAAACCUUUUUGUGCAGAACCCA